AUGGCUUCUUUACAUGUUUCAUCUGUUCUUUCUUCUUCAGAAACAAUCAUCAAAUCCUCUUUCCAUGUCCCAAAACUCCCUAAAAUCAUUUCCAUAGCUCCGAAGAACAAGGCCAAAAUAGAAAUGCAUCAAAACAUUGCCCAACAACGCGACAACUGGAACACCCUUCUAUUAAACUCCAUCAACAUGAUCACUCUCACCGCCUCCGCCAUGGGCAGGUAUCGCAGCCAUAAGCGGCUCCGGCGCCUCCCUUUUAGCCCUCAAACUAUCUUCCGCACUUUGUUCUCCGCUUCAACUGGUAUGUUAGUCAUCAUGAACAAAAUCCAACCUUCACAACUAGCUGAGGAGCAAAGAAAUGCAACAAGAUUAUUCAAACAGCUUAAGUCCCACAUCGAAACCACAAUCGCAUUAGGCAAUCCCGACAGACAAGUAUAUAAAGAUACAAUCAACAAAGUUUUAGCACUUGACAGAGCUUAUCCACUUCCUUUGUUGGGUGUCAUGAUUGAAAAAUUUCCUCAGAAAUAUGAACCUGCAAAUUGGUGGCCCUGCAAAAAACUCACCUAG